AUGACAGUCAGCAAUCAAUCAUCAUCAGGUCAAUUAACGAGGGAAAAUGUGUCGGAAAGUAAUGUCACUGUAAAACCAUUAAUUGUAAGGAGUGUGGACAAUGAUAAAUCUUUACCUAAGGAAACACAAAUGGCACAAUGCACCAUCACAUCUGGAGACAUUAAAGCGUCAGCUCAAGCUACAUUUUCAAAGAAACUUGAAGGAUUCUGUUCCACAGAUGACAUGAAUGACUUGAAAAGAAUUAUUUCAACCUUAGAAUUGAAAUUUCUUGAUGAGAUUUAUUAUUUAAGAAAUAUGAUUCAGUCGUUACUACCCCAACAUUUUCAUUAUCAACCUCAUAUGAGUCAUCAACAAUAUCAAACUCCUUAUUCAAGCUAUCAUGAACCGAAUUAUCGUUACCAAAUGCCAGUAAAUCAAAGAAAUUAUUAUAACCAUUACUCAGAUACUUCUCAUCAGCAGACAACUCAAAGAACUUUUAUCCCAACACUUCCUACGACACAACAAUCGAUGACUGCUUCAACUUCUGAACAUCAAACUAUCUACACAACCAAAGCACCUGAAGUACUAAAAGCAAUGAAGCAUGAUUUAAAGUCACUUGAAAUAAAUAAGUCAAGAUUAUCCAAGAAAAUUGAAGAAACAACAACUCAAGAGACAAUCACAACCCCGCAAGCAACUCCAACUAAAAAUGAGUACACUUAUUACUGGAAGUUGGAGAACUUCCCAGAAGUCUUUAAUCAUGCCAAAAAAAGUGAAGUGUUCAGUCAUGUUUUUAAUGUUAAAGGAUUAUUUCUUAGAAUUCGAGCAACACUUCAAGAGUUUGACAAUCAAAAUCUUCUUCUCGGUAUUGAACAUCUCGCAAACAUUGAGAACAGCGACAAAAUGGAAAUUGAAAUAUCCGAUGGAUUAGUUUUUAAAGAAAUUGCCGAAGAGAAACUCUUUCAAUAUAGUUUCUCAAUUAUGGAUCAAUCACGUCCAAAUCACGAUCUCAUCUCACCAAUUUAUUGGAACACAGAUAGUGAGAGUUAUUUAAUCCCAAACAGUUUUCAUCUAUUGGCGAAUUAUUUAAAAUUACGAAAUUGA